CGGUGUUGCUGCUGAUCAUCUGUAGGUGGCCCUAGGGGUGUUUUGAUGUGGCUUAUUGUGCGUGUUACUUAAAAGCUGUAUGUCAACAUGAAUAUUUAAAUGACAUGUAAGGAAUGCUUACUACACAAACUGAACUUCCAUGCACUGUGAUGUGUGCAUUUUAUUUUCCAUAUAGUGAAAACUGUCAGGACACCUGCACCAGGCAGAACAUGUACAUAUGAAGGCCAUGGUGUAGGCCAAGGCUAAUGAUGUAUUGUAGUAUGUACUUUGAAGAGAAACAGGCAAAUUAAAUGUUAGUAAAAUUGUAAUGCAUCUUCAGUAUUUAAUGGUAUGGUGUGUGUGUAUAUACUUUUUAGUACACAAAUGUGUUCUAUUGAACAUCUGCUUAGUUUUGCUGACUUUGUGUGUGCAUGUAGUUCUAACUGCACUGCUGUAUCGUUUUCUUGUAGAAGUAUUUUCCUAAAUUAUGUGUCUUUUUCUACACAGAUGGUGGUUAGCAUUAAAACGAUGACUGUGUGGGACAAAGACAAAGCAGAGAGGAAAAGGAAAGCUGAACUGUGCUGGAAAAAGACCAUGACUCAAACAUUACAGAGCCAGAGUCAUUUUAUCAAUAAGUACAUAGAUCUGCUCACGCAGGAUUCAGAGGAUCUGGAUGCCUCAGCCUCUACAUCAGCAGAGCAUAGCCCCAGUUCAUGUGACGGUGCUCUGGUGUGUGUGGGACCUCGUUGUUGGCGUGCCAGAGGAGGAGAGAGGAGGCAGAUGGAGAUGUGUAUCCUGUGUCACGAAGCACAGGAGAUCCUACCUGAUGGCACCGCCAUGGUGCUCGCUGCCUUUGUCCAACGCUCUACGGUCAUGUCCAAGAUCCGCAAAAGACUCCCUCACAAUCCAGAGAGCUAUGAUCCCCUCUUCAUGCACCCUGACCUGUCCUUUGGUACCCAUACCGGCAUCUGUGGCCACAUCAUGCACUCUCACUGCUGGCAGAGAUACUUUGAGACACUCCAGAGUCAGGAUGCGCAGUGGCUGCAUGAGCAAACCAGUUACGAUGUAGAGAAUGGGGAGUACCUGUGUCCACUCUGUAAGUGUCGCAGUAACACUGUCAUUCCUCUCCUGCCCCUCACUGAGACCACCUGCAGUUACAGCAAUAGUGAGCAGCCAGGUCUGGCUCAUUGGCUGAAUGCAACGUAUAUAAGCAGAUCAGAGCCUUGCACUCUGCUCAUAAGAGAGCCAAGCCAACAAAUGCUGGUGAGACAGAGACUGUGGAGGACUCUCCUCCUCCUGAGAGUUUCAGGCUGGACCACACACCAGUCAACCCUUAUUCAAGCUCCAUAAGGGAGAUGCUGAUGACAUUUGGGACCGCAACUUAUAAAGUUGGCCUUAAGGUGCACCCUAAUGAGCAGGACCCCCGUGUGCCUAUCAUGUGCUGGGGCAGCUGUUCUUGCACCAUCCAGUCUAUAGAGAGAUUAUUGGUAGAUGAGGAGAAGCCUUGUUUGGAAGUUUACCCUGUAGACAGGUAUGACAACCCAACUUAUUGUCAUAUCUCAGCCCAGCCAGGACUCGGUUUCCCGAGAAGCAACACCCACUUCUAACAUGGCCGCUGAGGACUACACUUCCCACACACGCAUGCGCUCACCUCCCCGGAGUUCUGAUCUCACACACCUGCAGCCAAUCACCUUGUCCACUCACCACGGCUUAUUAAGAGACUUUGGUUCAGAGACACUUUGUGAAGUAAAUGUUCAGCAGACUAGUUUCUCUGUCGUUCUCCAAGCGUUACCUACCGUGUUUAUUCGAUGACUUUGGCCUCUGUCUUGCCCCGUUUGUUUUGUUUGCAUGAUCGCCUGACCCUCGCUUGCUUCUUGACUAUGGACUGUGUUCACCCCUCUGGAUUAUUCUGCCUGAACCUGCCGCCCGCUUCUGCUUCUGUAUUCCCCACGCACUUGUUCUUGAUCCCUAGGUGGAAAGUUCCCCCUGCAUUCUGGAUGUGGACAUGUUCCACUUAGUGGGGAGUCAGGGUGCUGUCCUAUUCAGCCUUGCACUGCUUAGACUCCUCAGGGCUUAGUGCGGAUACUGCACACCUGCAUCUCUUCCACUUGGGCAUUGUUGCUCACCUGGUCCAGAUCCUCCUCACCUCUGUGCCAGGUGCUGGGGAAUGGGAAGUGCUGUGUGCAUAUGUGUCUGCCUCCUAACCUGCUCCAGCUCUAUUAUAAUCACCAGGAGCUUCUGGAUCCCCUGCUUCAGGGGUGGUGCUCACAUCCAGGCAUGCAACAAUGUCUCCAGUCACCUGAAACCUUUAUAAGUUUUCCUUGGGAAUCCAAUAAGCUAAUUGAUGUGCCAGAGGAUUACUGUGCACUGAUCAACUAGGCUUUCAGCUUCACCUGUCCUAAGUCAGAUGGAGUUAAGUCUUGAGCUCAAACUCUGUGCUUGGUGUGUGGCACGAUGCUGUCUUCUCAGAGCAGCUGCUGCCAGACUGAGCUGGAGGGUGAGGACGUUGGAGCGUGUACUGCACACACAUUUGUUUGCUGAGCUGGUGUUAGCAUCUUCCUCAGGGUGAGGGAGAAUCAGGUUCUUUUCCUGUACCUCGAUGACUAUGGAGAACUGUCCAAGGGCUCAGAUGGAGGAAUGCGCUACAGAAAGAUUCAGAAGCUCUGGCGCCAGCACAGCAUCACCGAGGAGAUGGGUCAUGCACAGGAAGCUAAUCAGACUCUGGAGGACAUUGACUGGGAGAUCCUGGAUUUUCUUGGCUAAAGCCAAAUCUAAACUGACCAGGGAUCUGCACAUUUACCUAGAAAUGGAGUGGAUCUAAUCACAGCCUGUGAUAUUUGUCUGUGCACACAGGAUGCCUGGUUUCAGGUGAAGUCGUGUGUUCCCUGAUAGUCAAUGAUUGCUGGAGCUCUGGAAAUAGCAGGUGAGAUUGCAGGCCGGAGUCGCGUCGCUGUCCAGGGAACCAAAGUCAACCUCCCCUACUCCUGAGACCACAGUGUGACUGAGAGCCUAGACUACAUGGCUACUUGGAACAUGAACAUGUUGCAGACACAGGAUCUUAUGAAGUCAGCGCAGGCAGCCCUGGAAAAGAAGAGUCCGAAAGAUGUGCCCUUCUCCAAGCUUUAAAGGAGAAGAUCCAGGGCUGUUGAAGCUGUGGUGGAACUGAGACAUCAUCAUCCACAUAUCUUCAGUUCUUCUUGCUAAGUCUCAGUUUCUUUUUAGUCUUUUUAUUUUUAGACUGGUCAAAAGACCGAUUAGUGGAAGUGAAAUGAUAGAUGAACUUUUAAUUACUUGCUUGAUUAUUUGCAGGUGCUUUGUACAGUAAGACAGGAUAACUAAUACUCAAAAGCUUGGUUUGUGUGUUAACAUGUACAGUAGAUGUACAUAGUUUUUUCUGGUGCUGUGUGACUGCAGAAUGUAGUGCAGUUAACACAGUAAAUUUCCUUGGAUGCUCACUUUUAACUCGAGGAGGUCACAGGUUGCCCAGACAUCUUUUUUUAAAUCUGUCAAUCCGUCACCCGCACGUCAUUCUUGGCGACGAAGAGGAGGAAGCUGGACAGAUAAAUUCAUUUAUUUAUUUAUUAUCAUUGCUGUGUUUCCUCAAUCGAGUGCAGAAAGGAGAAAAACAACACAACUGGUUUAAAAUAAAAAUAUAGAAAACAAUCUAAUGUAAGGUUCUGAUCCGGUUUGCUUUCAGCAGGAAGGCUGUCCUCUUUCCUGUUGCUCUUUCCCUUCUAUUAGUCCAUUUGUCCAGUCUGAAUCGGUUUGAUUGUUUGAUUCGUUUCGAGACGAUUCGGAGUCAAAUAAUUUUCUAGUGAGAGUCGCACACUUCCAAAUGAACUAGACUGAGAUGAGUAUUUGAUUCUCACUUGAAAGUGAUUUGACUCUGAAUCAACUCGAAAUUAAUCAGUCAAACUGAUUCAGACUCUAUAAAAGGACUAUGAGGUGUGAUUAAGAUAUAUAUUCCAAUGUUUUGCUUUACAAUUCCACUGUGUGUGUGUGUGUGUGCACGCAUAUGUGUUUUUCAGGAGAACGAGAAACUCUGACACAAGAGUACAUCCUGACCAUUGGUACUGUGUACACAUCAACAUACACACACGUCUCCAUGCUGGACAGCUCAGGAGCUUUCACACACAGUGCUAGGAAUAUCCCGGGACAGAGAAACGCACCUUCUAAGUGAGCGAGUUUAGCGUCAACCGGUGAAAUUUGCUGUAGCGUGAACACUUCGCCUCUGUGAGCUUCACUCUCCGUCAGGUUCACUGUAAUUAGACAUAAAAUGUACAUAAUGUUUAUGUUUCAUACAUUUAGGAUUUAAUGUUUUUUUUUUUUUUUACCCUUCGAGGAACAGAAAUGAUCUUUUGAGGCAGGUUCUUCAUCACUACCUGCUCCGUUUGACUCAAAAAUGUAACGACCGGUUUCAAAAAGUCACGAUGUCUUCAGUUCAUGUGAUUUUACUGUUGAAUUUAAACAGGAAAUGUGAACUUUUUUUCCCUUUAUGUUUCCUCUACUGUCUUUUUGCUGUGAUCUUGAACACAGUUGUAAUUUUUAAAAAUAAAUAAAUAAAUAAAUAAAUUAUCAUUCUAUUCUUUCUCACUUUCCUUGUCCUAAUUGUCCUGUAUCUGUUAAAUCUGUUUCAUCUCUGGUCUUUCUGUCUGUAUGAACACUUGUAGAAAUGACAUGUAGUCCAUAUUUUUAAAUAUUUUUAUUCAUGAUUUUGAAUUUAAAUAAAGAUAUUCUUUAAUUCUG